AUGCACAAGGGCGGAGGUUACAACUGUACCACCCGUAACAACUGCACCACCUACAACAACUAUACCAGCUGCAACAACUGUACCACCUACAACAACUGCAUCACCCGUAAUAACUGUACCACCUACAACUGUAUCACCUACAACUGUACCACCCGUAACAACUGCACCACCUACAACAACUGUACCACCUACAACAACUGUACCAGCUACAACAACUGCACCACCUACAACAACUGUACCAGCUACAACAACUGUACCAGCUACAACAACUGUACCAGCUACAACAACUGUACCAGCUACAACAACUGUACCAGAUACAACAACUGUACCACCUACAACAACUGCAUCACCCGUAAUAACUGUACCACCUACAACAACUAUACCAGCUGCAACAACUGUACCACCUACAACAACUGCAUCACCCGUAAUAGCUGUACCACCUACAACUGUAUCACCUACAACAACUGUACCAUCUACAACUGUACCACCUACAACAACUGUACCACCUACAACAACUGUACCACCUACAACAACUGUACCACCUACAACAACUGUACCACCUACAACUAUACCACCUACAACUAUACCACCUACAACAACAGCACAAUCUACAACUGUACCACCUACAACAACUGUACCACCUACAACUAUACCACCUACAACUAUGCCACCUACAACUGUACCACCUACAACAACUGCAUCACCCGUAAUACCUGUACUACCUACAACUGUACCACCUACAACAACUGUACCACCUACAACAACUGUACCACCUACAACAACUGUACCACCUACAACAACUGUACCACCUACAACAACUGUACCACCUACAACUGUACCACCUACAACUGUACCACCUACAACUAUACCACCUACAACAACAGCACAAUCUACAACUCAAACAACACCGUCUGUUCUAGUCAGCACGUUGAUGACUACACCACCGACAACUCAAACUGGUAUAAAAUCUACAACGCAAAUCUUCACAACAAGGAAUACACCAACAACAACAUCACAAUCAACAACGCCUCCUACUUCGACCAUACAGCCUUCAACCAUGACAAAGAUGGCAUCAACAAACACGACAACGUCACAAACUCCAACAUCUACAACAGCGUCGACUCUAUUGACAACAGUACCAUCGUCCUUAGCAGCAACAACGCCAAUGCUGCAGUCUACAUCAACUGUCCAACCUACAACACAAGGAAUUACUGCAACUACAACACAGCAAUGGACAACACUGGUGCUAUCCACCACGAGAAAAACAGCGUCAACUGUAUUGAUAGUCACGCCUACUGCUGA